AUGCUGCAAUCUGCCGCAAAUUGGUUGUUUGGAGCCGCGAUUGCACUCUCGCUCCUUGCGCUGGUGGACGCCAAACCAUGGCCGCGGGCACCCGCCUCAGCCUCGUACAUUGAUCAGUACCCGAGCUCGACGACACCCAUCACGCUCCCUGUUCGAAGCAAGAGCUUCAACAUUGUCGAUUACGGUGCGGUGGGCGAUAACGUGACUGUCAACACGGCCGUCUUCAACAAGAUUGUCGCGCUCGUCGCCGCCAAUGGCGAUGGUGAGAUUUACAUUCCGCCAGGAAUCUUCGUGUCUGGCACGUUCAACUUGACGUCUCAUGUGACCCUCCGCCUGGCGAGCGGCGCUGUACUUGCCGGAAGUCCCAAUUUCGCCGACCACGAGAUUAUUCCCGCGCUGCCGAGCUAUGGCCGAGGUCGCGAAACCGAAUCCAUCUUCCGGUAUUCGUCGCUCGUCCAUGGCGAGAACUUGGAUGAUGUCGUCAUUACAAGCGACAACGGGCAGGGCGUCAUUGACGGAAACGGGAUGGGCUGGUGGGCUGCGCACCGUGCCUCCAACUUGACGUACACGCGCGGACACCUCGUUGAGCUCAUGUACACGACCGAUAUCAUGCUGGUCAACGUUGAGUUGCGCAACUCGCCGUUCUGGACCAUUCAUCCCUACUCGUCCACGAACGUCCUCGUUUCCAACGUGACCAUCAACAAUCCCCUCGACUCGCCAAACACAGAUGGCUGCGAUCCAGACUCUUGCAACCAAGUCGUUAUCCAGAACUGCGUGUUUACUGUGGGCGAUGACUGUAUUGCCGUCAAGAGCGGGUGGGACAAUCCCGGCAUCCAGUACGGCGUCCCCACAACAGACGUGGUCAUUCGCAACAUGACCAUGCACACGCCGACAUCUGCAGCCAUCGCUAUCGGAUCGGAAAUGUCUGGAGGCGUGUCCAAUCUUCUCGCACAGGACAUUCGCGCCUUCAACUGCUCUUCUGGCAUUCGUCUCAAGUCUGCACGCGGGCGUGGCGGCUAUCUCCGCAACUUGACCUUUGAUGGAGUGACCCUGAACGACGUCAAGACGGCCUUGUCCAUCAACGACUUUUACGGCCAGCACGAAAGCAUCUUUUACGACCCGUUGGCGGUGCCAAUCAUUGAUUCCAUCUUCAUGUCCAAUAUUGUUGGAACAGCCAUCACCAUUCCAGGUGACUUUCAAGGCUUGUUUGAUGCAAAAAUCACCAAUGUGGCCAUUUCCAAUGUUUCGCUCGCGGUUGUUGGGAGCGGCUCCUAUACUUGCUCUUAUGCGACGGGAACGCAACAUGCGGUUGUGCCCGUGCUGUGCGAUGCUUUUGCUCGUGUUUAGUGUUCAGCAUGCUCAGCGUGUCCAAAAGGGGAAAAAAAGCGAAAGGCGAAAAGACAAUCGCUUGCUCCACUCCCUCUAACAAUACAGCCUCUCGCAAGCA